GUUCGCUGUUCGCAUGAGUGCAUGACUCAUCCGAUCGAUCGACUUCGAGUGAGCGAGUACCGGAUUUGACCGGGCCUCGGCAGCAUGUGAGCAGCACGAGCAUAUGGCCAGCAUAUCUUUGCAAAAACAUACCCACUCUGAUCAUUGCAAGGUAAAGCAACCCCACGGCUGAUUUCAGAAUCACUUCGAAAUCUUGGACCUCCUUGACGUUACAGAACUGCGAGUCCCUGUGGAUCGACCCCACCAUGACCCAGGCGGACAGGCUUCGCCAACCCCUACUGGACCGAGAAGACCAAGAAGUCACUGCCGGACAUGACGAACAUGAUGAAGUCGAGUAUGAGGGCGACUUUACGUUGCGAGCCGUCGUGGUCGGACUCUUGGUAGGAGUAUUACUAGCAUUCACCAACCUAUACUUUGGUCUUCAAUCGGGAUGGAUUUCGAUGAUGUCGCUUCAGUCGUCAUUGCUUGGAUUCGCCAUCUUUAAGCUGCCGUUGCCGAGAUUUCUCUCACCGCCGGACAGACCGUUUACUGCUCAAGAGAACGUGGUUGUACAGACAACAGCGGUCGCCACCGGGACCCUGCCCUUAGCAGCUGGACUCGUAGGCAUUAUCCCGGCCUUGGAACAGCUAGACCUUACUCUGGACGGUGUAGGCCCGAUGAGGUUGUCCUUCUGGCAGCUCAUAGGCUGGAGCAUCGGGAUAUGCUUCUUCGGUGUCUUUCUCGCUGUUCCUCUGCGCAAACAAGUGAUUGUCAAGGAAAAGCUCGUGUUUCCCUCCGGCACUGCUACCGCACAACUCAUUGCGCUCUUAUUCAAGAUGCCACCCCCCAAAGUUCCUGUGCCUAGAGCGACUCAAAUCGCCACUUCUCAUUCAACGGACUAUCAACCACUGCCGACUUCCGCUGAACAUGUUCGAGACCGCUCGCUGUCGCUAGACGCUGAUCGUGAAGAUGAUGUACAUCCGCAAAUUCCCUUGAACGGUCUACGGAAGCAGUCCGCGGAGAGGGAGGAGAUGGGAAGAAAGGGCUGGUAUGUCCUUGGAUCUUGCUUCGCAGCGAGCGCCUUUGUUACCCUAUUGAGCUUUUGGUUCCCAGUCGUCUUUGCGAUUCCCAUUUUCGACCUUGUUGGAGCGAUUUUCAAUACUAGUCUGGCGUCGACAUGGUUGUGGUGGUUUACGCCCUCGCUCUCAUAUGUCGGACAAGGUAUCAUCAUGAACUUCGAGACGACGCUAUUCAUGAACCUUGGGAUGAUCACGGGAUGGGCGAUCUUGUCUCCUUUAGCCAAGCUCAAUGGUUGGGCCCCUGGACCUGUAUCAUCGUCAACAAAUGGGGCUCGGGGGUGGAUUCUAUGGGUAUCGCUUGCCAUAAUGAUCUCGGAGUCUAUAAUCUCCCUGAUACCGGUGAUCGUGAACUUUACCCGGGAUUUACAUUCACGCUAUGGCACCCGCGCCGGCUUGAAGCGCAAGGGAACGUCUCAGGAUGGCUUCGUGGCAUCGUUGAGUCUCGACACCAUGGAAGAAGAGGAAGAGCUAGACCCCGAACCGCCACAUCGACUAGUUCCGGACAGCUGGGUAGUUAUUGGGCUAGGCUGCAGCGCAAUCUUGGGAAUCUUUCUGGUAUGGUGGAUCUUUGGCGCCGACGGUAUCAGUCCUUGGGCGACUGCAGUGGGCUUGGUCUUAGCAUCGAUCCUUAGCCUUUUGGGGGUUAGAGCCUUGGGAGAGACAGACCUGAACCCAGUCUCCGGUAUUGGCAAGAUCAGUCAGCUACUAUUCGCCGUCUUGCAGCCAGGAAAUGUGGUUGCCAACAUCAUCGCUGGUGGUGUCGCAGAGGCAGGGGCUCAACAAGCUGGCGAUCUCAUGCAGGAUCUCAAGACGGGAUCAUUGUUGAAAGCCUCCCCGCGAUCCCAGUUUUACGGUCAAAUGAUCGGAAGCUUUGCGAGCGUCUUCGUUUCUGUCGGAGCUUACAAGCUAUAUACGAGCAUCUACGAGAUUCCUGGGCCGGAAUUCCAAGUGCCAACCGCUGCGAUCUGGCUGAAUCUCGCUCGAUUGCUGAAUACUGGACAUCUCCCUCCAAAAUCUGCCGAAUUCAUGAUCGCAUUUGGGCUUCUCUUUGCGGUAAUAUCCAGCUUAAGAUAUAUAUUGCCGCUCUUCACAAAACGAGCGACGCCGAGGUUUGUGGCCUACCUGCCGUCUGGGAUCGCAUUUGCGAUCGGAUUCCUGAACGUACCGAGCUUCUCUCUCGCUAGGCUCAUCGGUGGCAUUGUCGCCCUGCGGACAAGACGCAACGGAGAAACGCCGCUGAUUGUCAUCGUCGCGGCCAGCGGCCUGGUGCUUGGCGAGGGUGUCAUCAGUAUCGUAGGUCUAGGCCUUGCAGGUAGCGGUCAGGGCGCAGCCAGCUGUUGGGGUUGUAAUCUAGGUCAUGGCGGGUACUGCUCCAGAGGGUGUUGA